AGUCCUCUUUCCCCACUUUCUCGCAUCUCUUUUUUGACCUUUUGCAUCUGCUUUUCAGUGAGUGCAUAGUGCGUCUCCUCUCCUCUAAGACUUGUAUAGAAAGACGGAAAUAAAGAAAGAAAGAAAGAAAGAAAAAGUGCAGUAUCGGAAAAAGAAAGUUUAGUGGGCAAGAACAAGAGAUGGGUGGCUCUGGGUCUGGAAAUUUUCUCCAAGUUGUGGCAAAAAACUUCGAUGUUCUUGCUCUACCUCUAGUCACUCUUGUUUACCCCUUAUAUGCUUCAAUUAAGGCUAUAGAGUCGAAAUCUCGCACAGAUGACCAGCAAUGGCUAACCUAUUGGGUUCUGUAUUCCAUGAUGACCAUAUUCGAGCUAACAUUUUCCAAAAUCCUGGAAUGUAUCCCAAUCUGGCCUUACGCCAAGCUGAUAGUCACCUGUUGGUUGGUUCUGCCACACUUCAAUGGAGCAGCACAUGUUUAUCAGCACUUCAUCAGACCAGUCUACAUGAACCCACAAGCUGCUCAAAGAAUCUGGUAUGUCCCUCGGAAGAAGGACAUUUUCAGUAAGCCAGAUGACAUUUUAACUGCUGCUGAGAAAUAUAUGGAAGAGAAUGGAACUGAGGCUUUUGAGAGGCUUAUAACCAAGGCUGAUAGAGAGGAAAGAGCCAGGAGGAGCGGCAAUUACAUGAUCUUUGAUGAUGAUUAUAUAUAUUGAACUUCAGUAUCUUUGGGAAAGAUCAUCAUCCUUGUUCUUGUGUGAGGUUUUAUGCGUGAAAUGAAGCUGUAGCACGCAGGGUAUUGGAGAUUUUCUCAGCUUUUUGCACUCUUAUUUCUUCUGCGUGCAACUUCCAGCUAACUAAUAUAAGGAGUACCCAUCCUUUCUUAGUUCUUUUCCAAAUCAUGAACUUGUGAAUCUUGUUCAAGUAAUGCAGCUUGGCAUCUACUAAGAAACGCUUGUAUUUUGUAUUUGAUGUGUGAACUAUAAUGGGCUUGUAUUUUGAUCA